GCUUUUAAAGCUGCCAAUGGAUGAGAUGAGGCAGGUGAGUCGCACAGUGGCGACUGUGGUCCUGCUCCUGCUGAUUUUACCCCGACCAGCAAAACUGCACAUAGGGAUAGAUAAAUCCGCGGAGCUUGAGAAGAUUGAAAAUAACAUCGAAUAUACAUUUGGAUCCAUGGAAAAGCAAUUGGAAGCGGGCAACGAAAUUGAUUUAGAAGAUUCCAACCUUCUAUCUAAAGCAUUUGUGCAGUUAGGAAAUUAUGUGACAAAAGAGACUAAACGUAAAAGCAACAUUACCAUUAAGCUUCCCAGCGAAACAAAAAAACUAAUUAUGGAUAUCUUGUCAGGUUUAUUAUAAUAAAGAACUAAUUUUGACAAAA